GAGCGUCUGACACUCAAGGAAAUGACAAGAGAAUAAAACUCAACACUAGAGACUCUCCCACUGCUGCUAGGAUGAGUGUCUCUCAGGAGAGAGAGGAGGCUGCAGGUCCCAGUAAAACACCCAGACCAGAGUCUGCAGCACACAGCUGUGUGCAACAAAGCAGCAAAGCAACACACUCUGAUGGAGGCCCACAGAUACACAGACCUCCAUCUCCAGUGCCCAGCUGUGUGUCCAUGAAGAGUGAUGCUUCCAUGGGUAAUAUGCCCCUCUUCAGCAGUGAACCAGUUCCACCAGGUCUAGACACACAGACACACAGACCUCCAUCUCCAGUGCCCAGCUGUCUGUCCAUGAAGAGUGAUCGGUCCAUGGAUGGUAUGCCUUGCUUCAGCAGUGAACCAGUUCCAUCAGGUCUAGAGUUAAGGGCUGAUAUGACCCAGGAUCUAGGACCCAGGAGACACCUGCACACUGGACAUACACCAGGCAGAAAAAGGGAACUAGAUGAGGACCUGAGAAGAGUUAUAAAGAAUCACAAAGCCAGUCUGAAGAGGAGGUUUGAGAACAUCUCUGAAGGCAUCAUCAAACCAGGAGCUGAGUUACUCCUCAAUAAGAUCUACACAGAGUUCUACAUCACAGGAGGAGAGAGUGAAGGGGUGAAUAAGGAACAUGAGGUUUGUCAGGUAGAGUCAGCGUCCAGAUAUCAAUCCAUAGAAGAUAUACCCAUCAACUGCAACGACAUCUUCAAGCCCUUACUUGGACAGGAGAAGCACAUCAGAACUGUGAUGACCAAAGGUGUUGCUGGAAUUGGAAAAACGGUCUCAGUGCAAAAGUUCAUUCUUGAUUGGACAGAUGGGGUAGCCAAUCAUGAUGUAGAUUUGAUGUUUCCCCUUUCUUUCCGCGAGCUUAAUUUAGUCAGAGGUGAUCAGUACAGUCUUCACAGCCUCCUGCUUGACUUCCACCCUGAGCUGAAGGAGCUGAAUGAUGGUGAAGGAUAUAAAGACUGUCAGGUUGUGUUCAUCUUUGAUGGUUUGGAUGAGAGUCGGUUGACUCUGGACCUGGAGCAGAACAGUGAGUUGUCUGAUGUGAAACAAACAUCAUCAGUUGAUGUUCUGAUGACGAGCCUCAUUCAGGGAACUCUACUUCCCUCUGCACUCAUCUGGAUAUCCUCAAGACCAGCUGCAGCCAGUCAGAUUCCUGCUCAGUUCAUUGACCAGGUAACAGAAGUACGAGGAUUUAAUGAUACACAGAAGGAAGAAUACUUCAGGAAGAGAAUCAGCGAUGAGAGUCAGGCCAACAGAAUCAUCUCACACAUUCAGACAUCCAGGAGUCUCCAUAUUAUGUGCCACAUUCCAGUCUUUUGUUGGAUUGCAGCUACUGUACUUCAGCAGAUGCUGGAAAAGAAAAAUAUCAAAGACAUUCCCAAAACGCUGACUGAGAUGUUCAUACACUUCUUGCUCAUCCAAACCACAAGAAAUGAUCAGAAGUAUCAGAGUGGAUCUGAAAAAGAUACAAAGAAACUUUUGGAAUCUCAGAGGAUCAUUUUACUGAAGCUGGCUGAACUGGCUUUUAAGAAUCUAGAGAAUGGCAACCUCAUGUUUUAUGAGGAAGACCUGAGAGAGUGUGGUAUUGAUGUCAGUGAAGCCUCAGUGUACUCUGGCAUGUGCACUGAGAUCUUUAAGACAGAAACUCUGGAAUCUCAAAAGAAGAAGGUCUACUGCUUUGUGCAUCUGAGUGUCCAGGAGUUUCUGGCAGCUGUGUUUGUGUUUCACUCGUAUUUGGUUAAGAAACUUGAGGCAUUGAAAUGCUUCCUUAGUGAAAAGGAAAGAGAUGAACUCAGUCCAUCAGUUUUAUCUAAGUUUGUAUCAGCACUACGAGUACAAACUCAAGACAACUUACAUGUUUUACUGAAGAGUGCAGUUGAUAAGGCUUUGAAGAGCCAGAACGGACACCUGGAUCUCUUCCUUCGCUUCCUUAUGGGCAUUUCUCUGGAGAGCAAUCACAGACUUCUGCGAGGUCUACUGAACCGCACACACAACAGCUCAAAUAGCAUCAAGGAAACAUGUCAGUACAUGAAGAAGCUCAACAGAGAAGGUCUCUCUCCUGAACGAUGCAUCAAUCUUUUCCACUGCUUAUUUGAAAUGAAUGAUGAUUCCAUGCAGAAAGAAAUUCAGACAUUCUUGUCAUCACCAAAGAACAUCAAACAGAAGUUAUCUCCUGCCCACUGUUCAGCACUGGCCCACAUACUUCUGAUGUCUGAGGAGGUGCUGGAUGAGAUUGAGCUGAAGAAUUACAACACAUCAGAUGAGGGACGCAGGAGACUGCUCCCAGCUGUCAGGUGCUGCAGAAAGGCACGACUUGCUGAUUGCAAACUCUCAGAGAAGUCCUGUGGAAUUGUGGCUGCUGUUCUACAGUCACCAAAUGCCCUGAUAGAACUGGACCUGAGUCACAAUGACCUGGGAGAUUCUGGAGUCCAUCUUCUCUCUAAGGGACUGUCUAGUCCCCACUGCUCCCUGAUAGAUCUGGACCUGAGUCACAAUGACCUGGGAGAUUCUGGAGUCCAUCUUCUCUCUAAGGGACUGUCUAGUCCCCACUGCAAACUGCAGACCUUAAGGCUCAGGAAGUGUGGUAUCUCAGAUGAAGGUUUUGUUUGUCUGGCUCUGGCUCUGAUGUUAAACCCCUCCUGUGUGAGAGAGCUGGAUGUGAACAACAAUCAUUCUGGAGAAUCAGCACAGAAGCUGUUAUCUGCUACACUGGAGGAUCCUCACCGCAAAGUUGAAGCACUUCAACUUGCUAAAUGCAAACUCUCAGAGAAGUCCUAUGGAAUUGUGGCUACUGUUCUACAGUCACCAAACUCCCUGAUAGAGCUGGACCUGUGUCACAAUGACCUGGGAGAUUCUGGAGUCCAUCUUCUCGCUAAGGGACUGUCUAGUCCCCACUGCAAACUGCAGACCUUAAGGCUCAGUAAGUGUGAUAUUUCAGAUGAAGGUUAUGUUUGUCUGGCUCUGGCACUGAUGUUAAACCCCUCCUGUGUGAAAGAGCUGGAUGUGAACAACAAUCAUCCUGGAGAAUCAGCACAGAAACUGUUAUCUGCUACACUGGAGGAUCCUCACCGCAAAGUUGAAGCACUUCAAUUUGCUGCCUGUAAACUCACUGAUAAGUCCUGUGAGAUUGUUACUUCAGUUCUACAAACACCAAACUCACUGCUACAGCUGGACUUGAAUCACAAUGAUCUGGGGGAUUCUGGAGUUCAGCUUCUCUCUAAAGGACUGUCCACUUUUAACUGCAAAAUACACACAUUAAGGUGGUGUGGUUUUCUGGCUUCAGCUCUGACUUCAAACCCCUCCCAUCUAAAAGAGCUGGAUCUGAGCUACAAUCAUCCUGGAGAAUCAGGACUGAAGCUGUUAUCUGCUAGACUGGAGGAUCCUGCCUGUAAACUGGAGAUACUUAAAACUGACCAUGCCUCUUUAGACAGAGCACAACCACGUUUGCUGAGAUUUUCCUGUGAGUUCACUCUGGACCCAAACACGGCAAACAGAGAACUCCUUCUGUCUGAGGGGAACAGGAAGGUGACCGGGGUGAAUAAGGAGCAGCCGUAUCCUGACCAUCCGGACAGAUUUACCGACUAUCCCCAGGUGAUGAGCAGAGAGCCUCUGACUGGACGCUGCUACUGGGAGUGGGAGUGGAGUGGGAGGAAUGUUGAUGUGGGAGUGGCCUAUAAAAGCAUCAGCAGGAGUGGAUGGAUCGGACGCUCUGCCAAGGCCUGGUGUCUGUUCUGUUCCAGUGAAGAAUACACAGCCUACCACGAUGGAAAUACUACUUUCCUACCCGUCCCCCCCGCAGGCUCCAGGAGAGUUGGAGUUUAUGUGGACCAUGAGGUCGGCACUCUGUCCUUCUACAGGGUCUCCUCUGAUACUCUCACACACCUGCACACCUUCACCACCACAUUCACUAGUGAGCCCCUACAUGCAGCGCUUUAUGUAAAUGAUAGCUCCUCAGUGUCUCUGAUCUAGAUCACAUGACCUGCUGCAGGACACACACACACACACACACACACACACACACACCUGUGCUUACAUACAUACAGACAAACACACACACACACACACACACACCUGUGCUUACAUACAUACAGACAAGCACUCGACACACACACACGCACACACACACACACACCAGUGGCGGUUGCUGCUCAUUGGAAUAGGGGAAGCUCUGAUAAAAAAAUGGUCAACUAUUAAAUUAAUAUUAUUGCUGCUAUAUUGUUAUUUGAGGGGGAAAUAUAUCCUAAAACAGAAUAGACCAAACAGUAGCCUAUAGACGAAUCCGGCACUGGAUUCGUCAGAUAAGUAGGGUUCUACAGAGACAUUGCAGCUGGCUUGGUUAGAUUACAACUAAGCUUACAUUUUACCAGUUCACUUUGGGGGGUUAAAUAUGCUAUUUGGUAGCCUACUAGAGUUAUAGUACGUGACUAUUCUACGUUCAUAUGUCUUGCUGUUUUAUUUGGAAUCUCCCAUGGUGGGGAAUGCUAUCAAAUAGCUUAUAAAAUUCAAGUAAACAUUAGCAAUUUAGCCAAGCAACACAGUUAUUAUAGCGAGCUAUGUGGCUAGCCUACAACAAGCUAUGUGGCUAGCCUACAACAAGCCUACAACUACAACCAAAUGCAAAUCACGAACUCUGUAACUCCACAUUACGGUUUUAUUGAUAGGAUAUGUUGUGUACAACAUGCAAUAGAAUUAAAAAUUUGAGCCUUGCCUCUCGAGUUCACCUGCCAACCCUGUAAGGUUCCGUAACUUUCACGCAUCCCUGAACUUGAAACCAGAGCCCGUCUCUGUUGAAACUUCCUGUGCAAUCGCGAAAUAUGCUUGUCAAUCAAAAAAAAUGACGGUUCCUCCAAUCAUCACACAGAAGCUCGGCAUCCGAGCCAUCCCACUGUCCCAUUCACCCCCAGUGAGGCCGGGCUUCCCUGGAUAUGACGAUUUUGCGGCGUUUAUCCAAUAUUAAUCUAGCUUUUCCUGCACUAAGACCAGCCCACUCCGUAGUGCCAUCGAAGUCCAGUGAGGCCGAGCCUCUAUGGGGAUUUUAAUGGAUCGUGUCGUCACAGCAAUGCAUUAGACGUGCGAAAUCACGAUAGAUGACAGGCAAAACCUUGUUGCAAAACUAAACUAUAACGAUAUAGCCAUGAAGUUGAACACGUUUUUAUCAUAUUCUAGUUGGAAUAUUAGGCUUGCUAAUGUAGCUCAUAAUAGGCAUUAUUUCAUGCAAUUUUCCGUGAUAUUUUAGAGGAGGCUGAGCCUCCCCUGCACUCAAUGAGCAAUCGCCUCUGACACACACACACACACACACACGUGUGCUUACAUGCAUACAGACAAGCGCACACACACACACACACACACACACACACACACACACACACACACACACACACACACACACACGUGUGCUUACAUACAUACAGACAAGCGCACACACACAUUUGUACCACCACAUUCACUCAUGAGCCCCUACAUGCAGUGCUUUGGAUUAGGAGGCUCAUCAGUGUCUCUGAUUACAUGACCUGCUGUGUCCUGCAGUACACACACACACACUCACACACACACACACACACACACACUCACACACACACACACACACACACACACACACACACACACACACACACACACACACACACACACACACACACACACACACACACA